AUGGACGAGAUCAAGGACAAGUAUCGGCGCGAGUGGGAGGCUCUAGAGAAGGAGGAGACAGCGCUCGCUCAAGAGAAGAAGAAGCUUAGCGACGAGUGGGUCUCGAUCGAGAAACAGCAGCAACAUUACGAGAAGGAUCGCGCUGCGUUUGAGAAGCAAGUGGCCGCAAAGCUCGAAUUUUUGUCUCCCGACACUGUCGUCCACUUCAACAUUGGUGGCAAACUCUUCAAGUCCACGGUCAGCGUCUGGGCCCGCGAUCGAUUUUCAAUCCUCGCGCAGCUGUGUACGACCCAGCCCAAACUCGGCACCGACGGCCGCGGCCACUACUUUUUGAUCGCGACUGGCUCGUCUUCAAGUUUAUUUACGCCUUCCUGCGCGACAAGACUUUGCCCGAGAGCAUCGACACGCUCCGCGAUCUGUACUACGAAGCCUCGUUCUAUCGCAUCACGCUCCUUCGCCACGCCAUUGAGGCGUACUUAA